ACACCAGCUCACACCUUAUAUAAAACCCCUCACAACUCAUCACACUCACACUCAUUUUGCUCCCUAUCUCUCUCUUGCUUUUCUUUGAGACCAAAUAGAGAUAAAUAUCCCCACUACCCAUCAAAUCAUUCAAACAUCUCUAUGUUGCACUAGCUCCACCUCACAAUAUAUACAAGAGGAAACAAAGAAAAGACUACUAGAUAAGAGAAUCUCAAACAACAAAUACCAAUCAAAAGAUGGUUGCAGCAGAGAAAUCCCAACAAAAGUACCCGACAUUGCCAGAGGUGGUGGAGGAGCUAAAGAGAAUGGCGGACAUAGGCUUCCCAAUAGCCACCAUGAGCUUUGUUGGUUACCUGAAAAACAUGAUACAAGUCAUUUGCAUGGGGAGGCUAGGCAGUCUAGAGCUCGCCGGCGGCGCCUUAGCGAUCGGAUUCACCAACAUCACCGGCUACUCGGUCCUCUCUGGCCUCGCCAUGGGCAUGGAGCCAGUUUGUAGCCAAGCAUUUGGUUCAAGAAACCUAUCAAUGGCUCAUCAAACUCUACAAAGAACAAUUCUCAUGUUACUUCUUGCUUCAAUACCUAUUACCCUAUUAUUUCUUACCCUUGAACCUCUCAUGCUUAGUCUCCAACAAAAUCCCGAUAUUACCCGCGUCGCGAGCCUUUAUUGCAAAUUUGCCAUUCCAGAUCUUGUAGCCAAUAGUUUUCUUCAUCCAAUUCGUAUAUAUCUACGUAGUAAAGGUACUACUUGGCCAUUAAUGUGGUGCACAUUAAUUUCAAUUGUUCUUCACCUUCCAAUCACAAUCUUCUUAGCCUUCAAUCUCUCACUUGGUGUUAAAGGAAUUGCAAUUUCAAGCUCAAUCACAAACUUCAUCAACCUCUUUUUCCUUCUAUGUUACACACUAAUCUUCGCAUAUCGUGUUGAAUCAAUCGAGGAAGAGAAUACUGAUCUGUACAAACCAUUGGUGUCGCCACGACAAUCGAUUACAACAAUUUCUUCACAAGGGUCGAAGGAAUGGAGGACUUUACUUGGACUGGCCAUCCCAAGUUGUGUAGGUGUUUGUUUGGAAUGGUGGUGGUACGAAUUCAUGACAAUUUCAGCCGGAUAUUUAUACAACCCCCAUGUUGCCCUAGCCGCAUCAGCAAUAGUGAUCCAAACGACGUCGUUGAUGUACACAUUGCCCACGGCACUUAGCGCAUCGGUUUCGACUCGUGUCGGUAACGAGCUCGGGGCCGGACGGCCGUGGAGGGCGCGGUUGGCCACGGUAGUGUCCAUAGGACUAGCACUCUUGAUUUCACUAUUUGGGUUGUUAUGGACAACAUUGGGGAGGGAAGCUUGGGGGAGAGUUUUCACCAAGGACAAUGAAGUAAUUGAGCUUACAAUGACCGUUUUGCCCAUAAUUGGAUUAUGUGAGCUUGCAAAUUGUCCACAAACAACAUGCUGUGGAAUAUUGAGAGGGAGUGCAAGGCCUGGGAUUGGGGCUGGAAUCAAUUUCUACUCAUUUUACUUGGUGGGUGCACCGGUGGCUAUAGUGUUGGCAUUUGUGUGGGAUCUUGGGUUCUUGGGCCUUUGUUAUGGGCUUUUGGCGGCCCAGAUUGCUUGUGUUUUGUCUAUAUUGUUUGUGGUGUAUAGGACAGAUUGGGAGAGAGAGUCUUUGAAGGCUAAGGACUUGGUGGGGAUUGAUAUUAGCAAAAGCAUUACCACUUUUGAAUGUAAAAAUCAACCAAGUGUUGUUGCAUUUCUUGAUGUUGAAAAGUGAAAUUUAUCAUAGAGAUUUUUUUUUUGAAUCAC